CGCUUCCUCGACCUGGUGAAGCCCUUCACCNCCCUCAUCCCUGAGAUCGCAGUCCCCGAGACCAAGACUCCCUUCCAGCAGCGCCUGAUAUGGACCGGUGUCACUCUCCUGAUUUUCCUGGUCAUGUCACAGAUGCCCCUCUACGGCAUUGUGUCCUCUGGUGAGCUGCACAUGCACCAUCUCAUACGCGACUGCGGUACUGACGCGGCCCAGNACACCUCGGACCCGCUCUACUGGCUCAGAAUGAUGAUGGCCAGUAACAGAGGUACCCUCAUGGAGUUGGGUAUUACUCCCAUUAUUUCUUCCGGCAUGGUCUUCCAGCUUCUUGCUGGUACCCACCUCAUCGACGUCAACCUUGACCUCAAGGCCGACCGUGAGCUCUACCAGACUGCUCAGAAGGUGAGCUCCCAGAAAAACUACGCGUCAAGAGGAGCCAGUACUGACCUUCCUAGCNUCCUCGCCAUCAUCCUGUCUUUCGGCCAAGCCUGCGUUUACGUCCUGACUGGUCUCUACGGCCAGCCUUCCGACCUCGGUGCUGGUAUCUGCGUCCUCCUCGUUGUCCAGCUUCUUACUGCCGCUCUGAUCGUCAUCCUCCUCGAUGAGCUCCUCCAGAAGGGCUACGGUCUCGGCAGUGGUAUUUCGCUCUUCAUCGCUACCAACAUUUGCGAGUCGAUCGUCUGGAAGGCUUUCUCGCCCACCACCAUCAACACGGGCAGAGGUCCUGAGUUCGAGGGUGCCAUCAUUGCCCUUGUCCACCUUUUGGUCACCUGGCCCAACAAGCAGCUUGCCCUCAAGGAGGCCUUUUACCGCCAGAACCUGCCCAACGUCAUGAACCUGAUCGCUACCAUUGCCGUUUUCAGCGCCGUCAUCUACCUCCAGGGUUUCCGCGUCGAGAUCCCUGUCAAGUCUUCGCGCCAGCGUGGUAUGCGCGGUUCUUACCCCGUCCGUCUCUUCUACACCUCCAACAUGCCCAUCAUGCUCCAGUCGGCCCUCUCAUCCAACGUCUUCCUUGUCAGCCAGAUGCUCUACUCUCGCUUCAGCGACAACCUUUUGGUUAAGAUGAUCGGAGUCUGGGAGGCUCGCGAGGGAUCUUCUCAGAUGCUCCCCAUCUCUGGUCUUGNNUCCCCUCCCCUCAACUUCAAGGAUGCCCUUCUUGACCCCGUCCACACAGCCCUCUUCAUCGUCUACAUGCUCACUGCAUGCGCCGCCUUCUCCAAGACCUGGAUCGAGGUCUCCGGUUCCAGCCCUCGCGAUGUUGCCAAGCAGCUCAAGGAGCAGGGUCUUGUUAUGGCCGGUCAUCGUGAUGAGUCCAUGUACCGUGAGCUCAAGCGUGUCAUUCCCACUGCUGCCGCCUUUGGUGGUGCUUGCAUUGGUGCUCUCUCCAUUGUCAGUGAUCUUGUUGGCGCUCUCGGCAGCGGUACUGGUAUCCUCAUGGCUGUCACGUCCCAACUAACAACAACAUCAGCANUCAUCUACUCUUACUUCGAGAUUGCCGCCAAGGAAGGUGACAUGUCCGGCCUCAAGGGUAUGGUCAUGGGU